AUGGUCAACUGCUGGACUCUAGGUGCUGAGGGCGUCUCGGCUGAGCUAGAAGAUGCAUCGUCGCGGCACAUGCCACAACGUCGUCAAAGACGCCUUUUUAAGACCUCAUGUAUUCCACGCGACAACAGCAUAGGUAUCCAUUCGCAGAAUGUCGCGGGGUUUCCCAAGAAUCCGGAACAUUGCGCAACUUGGUUCAGCCACUUCCGACAGAGCGAAGCCAGGGGAAUCAUCGAUUUAGUCCUUUUACAGGAAACGCGGGUCACUUUAGGUGAGGCAGCUCCUCUGGACAAGCUUUACAACUCCUCCUGGGGAUUCGUGCACAAACUCGGACGCUCGUUGUGGACCGAGUCCGAGUUCUCUCGUGGAGGUGUGGCUAUUUUAUUAAACCCAUACUCAACAAUUACGGAAAUGGUUCCGUGGUAUGAGGAUCAAUGGACACAGCAUUGGAUGGCUGUCCGGGUCUGUCUAAUGGGCGAAACAGUUCUUGUUGUAAACGUUUACGCCCCAAGUACCAAGACUGAAAGAGAGGCGCUGUUCUCGAGCCUUUCACUUAUUCUUCAGGGAUACGAAGGACCCAUGUUUGUUGGAGGGGACUUCAACUGUACUUUGGAGCCGCGACUUGACCGUUCUUUUGUCUCGCCGCCAGGAAGACAUGAUUCCUUGGCGCUUCGGCGGCUUCUCGGCCGAGUGCAGCUUAGCGAUGUUCUUGAUGGUGAUCUGGAGAUGGCCGAAGACGAAAGAGAUGUACCGGCGUUUCAUGCGGCCUCUCACACUUAUUUCUACACUCUUCCGGGCGGUGGAUUGGCUAGUUCCCGACUGGAUCGGUGGUAUGUGAGCUCUCGCCAUGCUGAUUGGAUUCGUGGCGUUGCUUUUUCAGUUCCUGGUCCAGCAGCUGACCACAAUGGCAUCAGUAUCAGGAUUGGAGUGCCGCGUUAUGUGGUCCGUGUACGUAAGCCGAGGCACGUGUACCCUGUUCCGGGUUGUGCAAACACAGCCGCGCAUAAAGCAAUUGUUGCGGCCAUUAAGCUGGCACAGCUUAAAGCGGACUAG